CUCCCAUGAUUUUAUAAAUUAAGUAUUUACAUAAAAUACCCAUAAUAUAUUAUAUACCUAUAAAAUAUUUCUAUAAAUGUUCAAAUACUUUGGUGAGCCACUAUAAACAUAAACGUACAAUCCGCGCAUCCCCUCCCUUUGUCGCUCACGAACUGCACUGUACUAUGAUCAGUCGGUUGGCGCGGCGGCGAUUCAGUCUGUGUUGAUCGGUCGCACGGUUCACGUAGAAGAGUGUAUUAUCGCAAAGUGUGUAUAUAACGCCGGUUUUCCAACGUAAUCUCAGUGAUCUCGAUUCGAUACACACACGCGAUCAUCGGAUUGAUAUUUACUUGUGGUAUGUGAAGAACCCUCGUCUGAGUCUGCGCGCGGGCAGCGCGGACGAAUCGCGUCGCGGGCAUGCCAGCCCGCUGAACCUCUCACGUGUUCAUUUGAAUUUUCGAAAAUUGAAGCGAGUAGUGUCGGGUGGUGUAGGUGUAUGGUUUGUUCGGUGCAAAAGUUGGUGGUCAGGCCCAACACGGUGCAUUCUCGUCUUCGAAAACGUUGGCAGAGCCAGCGGAAUGUGGCACGAGGGGGAGCAUCUCGGAAGCCAUGCCGGCUGACGAGUUCGCUGGAAAUCGAAACAGAAGCAAACCAAGACUGCAACCACCUUAACGAACCGCUAUUAUCACUGGCAAGGUCAUCGGGCAGACCGGAUCUAAUCAUGCUCACGCCGACCAUGCUUCCUGUGCACUCGUUCCUCUUUCUUAACGACGUCAACCAGAAGAUCGGGUGGUAAAAAAUUCGAAAUCGAGUUGAUUGAAAAUCUCAAGGAAUAUUAAAAAAAAAAAAAAAAUACGAAUAAACAAUUUGAUAUAGAAAUCAUCCAUUUUGGGCAAAGAAAAGAAACAAUCAGAAAAAGGAAUAACCACAGAAGCUCUGAAUUUCAUUGCUUCCUAAAGGUACUUCCUUGGAUAUUUUUACAUUCUGGAGGCGUGAACGAACUCUGAAAAACAGAAACGACUUCUAUCGGAUGAUCGAAAGAACUACCUGGACACCGAGUAUAAUUAUUCACACGUGCGGAUGCCAUUUCCGGCAUGUUUCUCCAUGAAGAAGGUCAGCUUCAGUUUUUGCCACUUGUAGAUAGAAGUUGAAGUGGCGGACGUCUUAACGAGGUUGCUAGAAUGUCAAAGAAAUAGAUGAGGGAAAUAUUAUGAAGAUAUAUUUAUGAACAUCUAAUUGAGCAUUUAAUUAAGAACUUAAUCGAAAGACCAAAAUAAGUUGGUUCUUGAGACCAAGUACCUAUCUAAGUAUAAUAGUCUUUUGUACUUACGGUUUAGUAAGAGGACUCGAGUAAAACGAUUACUCGUUAAAAGGAACAAUAGAAUAAUCAUGCCUCCGCAGACGGUGGUCUCUGCUUUCAUGCCUCAUCGCGGAGAAUCUCAGCGAAAAAAGUGUCCCGAAGCGUGAGCUGAAAGGUGGCUAUGUAGGCUGCCUAGUGAAUGCCGUCGCCAUGGUGGAGCUGGCGUGUAGCAACUCCCUAAGUCCAGGAACCUAAUCCCGCGUCAGAAAGACAAAAUUCGCUACGGAGAAAAGUAAACAAAAAUAUAUAUAUAGGAAAGAAGAGACAAAGAUUAAAGGUCGUUAAGAAUUAAAGGUAAUUUAAUGAUAAAAGGGAGAAAGAAUUGUGUAAAAAUUCUACUGGGAAAGAAAAGAAAGAAGAAACCUCCAACGAGAAAGACGUGCUCAGAAGCGAGUCCCGCGUAGCGCCAUGUAGAGGAGCAGGAAGAAGCGCAGUCUUCCUCAGGCAUUCCAGCGUCGAGUAAUGCUGAAGCAUAUCCUGACGGGGCAACCGUCGUCAGCGGGCUCCAGGCACCAGCACAAUGACUACCAGGCGAGCUCGGGCUCGUUGCACGGCGGCCACCACCACCACCAUCAUUCUGGUCACCAACAGGAUCAACAGCAACACCAUCAUUACAACCAAAACAGCAACGUUCGUGGAACGACAGGGGGGAGCCAAGGACGGGGAGUCGACGUUUACGACUCGGUGGUCCAUCAAAGAGCCAACGUGCAUCAGGCUGCCACCACGCCAUCUUCCACUCACAGACACCCUUUGAAUCAUUCUCAGUUGAGCGUGAACAAUCUUUCUCAACGAUUGAAUCACUCGCACGCUCUUAAUCUGUCCACGUUGUCCACGUCGAAGCAUUCUGUGAACAGCGUCAGUCCUGUUGCCGGUGGGAAUAACAAUAACAAUAAUAAUAAUCUGUCGACUACAUUGGGGGUGAUAUCCCCGGCGCCGCUGCACCAGGACAGCAGACCUAAAGCGAAUGGAGGCUUUGAUAUCUCGAGACUGUCCAGAUUACCCAGUCAGGCGACACCUUCGCCUGCACCUGUUCUUCAGGGUACGACUACCGGGGGACAGUUAACCGGUCCCGGUUCCACGGCGUACCCCUUGAACGCUUCCUGGUCGUCGUCCCUGUCAAGGAAUCACAAGGACCACGAGGUUGGCGCGAAAGAGACGUUGACCAGUUUGGGUUUAUUGUGUCUAGUGUCGUUGUUACUGGCGCUACUCUCGUUGAUCUUCUUGCUGAAGAUCUCACCGUUAACGGUGACGCCGAGUAGCCUGAUCAGCCCGGAAGAGUAUACGAUUGUCUACGAGGUGACGUUAGCGCUGUGCGCACUCGCCCUCUCCCUAAACCUCUGCUGUCUCCUCGUGUGCGCUAUACAGUUCCUCUUCACUGUGAAACUCGUCAAGACUUCGUAUCAAGGACAUUGGAGUAACAAGUACCUGCAAAAAUCAUCCAUCAGCCGGAUAUGUGCUGUCGGAGGGUUUUUCAUUAGCAUUCCCGUCUUUCUAACUGGUAUGAUAUUGUAUACAUUCAUCCAGUUUCAUUCGACGCCGGCAAUCGUUACGUCGGUUUUCAUAGGCCUUGGCAUCGUGUUUUGUGGAUGCGCAAUGGUCCAUAACGUCUUCGUGUGGCAGAGGGAGAAGACGAAUGCCGUGAAGGCGUUAGCGCGCGAACAGUGCGAAGCGGCGGUACAGCUGCAGCGUCAGCAGCAGCUGCAACAGCACCAGAACCAGCCCCAGCUACAACAGCAACAACAACUACGUGGCCCGUUAACCAUCCACCAUGCUGGCUGCCCAACGAAAGUCGGGCCCGUGACGAACCAACUAAAUACCAGCCACGCAACGCACGGCCGAGCUGCACAGUACCAACACUAUCAUCACCAUCAUCAUCAUCGACACGUGUCAAUGUCCCCACCGCCCUUGUUGCUCUCAUCGCCAGCUCCGAUCGCGGCGACGCACAAUCAUCUGAACGUGAGCGGACACAGAAACGUGGUUACGCCACCGGAUACACCAGCAGAUAGAUCGCCACCGAGUCCUGGAAAUAAGCUAAAUAGAUCGCAGCAUUUGCCACGGGAAGCAACCGGCAGCGUCAGUCCUGGUCUUCCGGCUGCCACAUUGGAUCUAAGUAGCGCAGCAACCACCAAUAGUCCGCAUGAAUUGUCCACGUUAGUUUAGAAAUUUGGUCCGAACAUUAUAUCUUCACAUAGGAUUGGAGAUUAAUAGUUGAUAGUUAAUUUACACAUCGAUCUUUUUAUUUGCAAAUUGGGUCGUGGUUUAGAGUUGGUUUGUAAAAAUUCGGUCCUAAUUGUUAAAUGAUGAAUAUUGAUUAAGAAUAAUAGGCAUUGAUGUACCAAUCUUUUUUUAACUUAUAUACUUGAGCACACGCAUUGGAGAUUUCACUUUUAUUCAGUGAAACAGCAACUUCAUUACUCGCUUAUUCAAUACGGCAAUUGCAUAUAUUUCAUGGACAUUUUAACAAUGUUUUGAAUAAUUUCUAACGGUACAAUUGUGAUGAAGUGAAAAAAAUCGUGAUAAGAAACAGAGAGAAAAGUUGCUCGUUAAUGAAUAUUGACCAGAAAUAAAGUAAUUUCUAAAGAAUAUCCCGAAGACGUCGUAGAUAUUACGAAAGGAAUGAUUAAUUUAUACCCGCGUGUAUCUUGCCAUUACCAUACUAUUAUUAUUAUUAUUAUUAUUAUUAUUAUUAUUAUUAUUAUUAAUAUUGUUAGUAGUACUCGAUUACAUUAUUAUUAAUAUUAAUAUUAUUGCCUUAUUAUUAUUAAUGUUAUGGAACCUCUAGUCCUAG